CAAUGUCAAAAUGCCAAACAAGAGGUCAUGCGGGCCAUGAUUAUGAAACAACAACACGGCAUGGACGAAAAUACAUCGCCCAUGUCGUCGGCUGCUUCCAACGGUGGUCCUUCCACACCCACUAUUUCCAAUACCACCACGUUGUUUGCCAGUACAUCACCAACAGCAACAACAACUACAGACAAGGCGACAGCGGAUGUUGUCAUGGGGGACAACUAACCAAACGAUGCGAUGGGAUCCGCACUACAAGCUAGCUAGCUAUGCGAUGGCGGCACGGUGUCAAAUUCUAUUUAGCUACCAUGCAAUCUAGUGAAUUAUCCGAUCAGUCUUCUUAUAAGUCGAAAAGGGAGUGGCGCCAUGAAAUGACAAAAAACCAAUGACAACAUGUAGCCAAAAAUAAUACAGCGGUUGAGAUCGUUUCGGUUGACACGAGACAAAUCGAUCGAUCGCAAGCCUGGUUCACAAGAAAACCUUGACGCUGGAUCUCUCGCAGCAAGCAUCAUCUAUCAUCUUUCGGUCUAUCACAACCUUCGAAAGGCGUUCCAUUCUCUACAGCUAUAAUCUUCCAACCAGCAUAUACUAUCUCUAGAGUAUGCUUUGAUUGAAACUCACCAGAAGUUUCAACUCGACGCCACUCUUAUCCAGCCAUGACGCUGGGCCAACAACCACGACAAGACACCAUGGAGACCCGUCAGUUUUAUUGUCGGCAGCAGCAGAAAAUCAAAGAUCGUCAAACGAGUGGAGACUGGAGUGUGCUCAUUCACAUUGGGGAUGUGGACGAGGAAGAAAACUCUUCAAAACAGCUGGAAGGAGAUCGUGACUAUGAUGAUGAUGCCAACUAUACCAUCCCGUUGGACGAUGACUUGGUGUUGGUGGGAGAGGUCCUAAUAAGUGACGACGAAGAAGAAGAAGAGGAAAAGAACGAAAUCGUACCAGAGGAAGAACACGGAUGUGAUAUCUAUGUGGAGGAAAACUAUGCGGAUGCCGUUGGGGUCGAGGUUUUGAGGUUGGCGGGAAGUCGGAUCAGUCCAGCCAAUGGUGGCAAACCAAAACGAGCCUUGCUCAUCUCUGUCGUCAGUGACAGUGCAGGUUCGUCAGCUGCACUCGAGGAUGGUUUUGGCUUUGAGUGUCUGCUCUCGCAUGUUACGGAUGGAAUGUGUCACGCGGAGACUGUAGCAACCGAUCCCACCAACACACUCUUGCAAACCCUGAAACAAUGUCGGGAUCACUUUGCUUUACGCUAGCUAGCCUAGCGAGACGGAUGUCACUGGAUAGGCUAGGCAACUCUUUUAGGUUUUCAUAGAGCCAAUAAGCUAAAAGCUGUUCCGAGAUUUU